GUGUUCUCUUAACGGCGUCGCCUGUUGACGACUUGGCGCAGAAGCGACGUCGGUGUCACUUGGCGGGCGUCCCCCCCUUUGCACUUUGGCUUUUUAAACGAGUGCUCCACAUUUCCACAUUACACGCUUGCGUGUGCCGGCUCACCCGGUCUCGUCCAAUUAUUCGGGUUCUGUUAGCUGCGCGCCGAGCUCCAAAAGAAGGAAGACGAUGUUUGGCUUUCACAAGUCAAAGAUCUACCGGAGUAACGACGGCUGCUGCAUUUGCAAGACCAAGUCGUCCAGCUCGCGCUUCACCGACAGCAGUCGAUAUGAAGACACGUUCCGCCUCUGUUUUGGGCUGUCGGAGGACCGCGUCGGCGACAUCUGCAAUGCGUGCGUGCUGUUGGUCAAGAGGUGGAAGAAACUACCCAGCGGCUCCAAGAAGAACUGGAACCACGUGGUGGACGCCAGAGCUGGUCCGGGCUUCAAGGUGACAAAACCCAAAAAGGUCAAGAACGGUGAUGGCAAGAAGAAAAGCAAGCUGAAACGGCUUCACAAGUUAAAGAGGCAAAACUCGGACGCUCACAGCACCACCUCCAGCGUGUCUCCCGCCCAGUCGCCCAGCUACAGCAACCUGUCGGACGACGGCUCCGACGUAGAGUCCAAACAAAGGCGUUCCUCGCCUUCCGCUUUCUCUUUCUUGGACCGCUCGUACUGGAAAAGGCAAAAGAUUUGCUGCGGCAUCGUGUGCAAGGGCCGCUUCGGGGAGGUGAUCAUCGAUCCUCGGCUCUUUAAGCCCUGCUGCAAUUCCAAAACGCAGAAGACGCUGGCGGCCUCGCAGGUUCCCUCGCUGCUUCCGGAAACCCUGCCGCCGCAACUCCCGGAGGAACGAAACCUGGUGAUGGCGCUUGUUUAACCGUGGCACUCAUCUGGAAUUUGUCUCCAGUGGCAGACUUCCUUUUUUCACCUUCUUUAGAUCAGUUGGUUAGUUGUAAUUGCCCCCCCCCCUCCUCAUAUGGGUAUUAUUUUAACUUUUGUAUAGUUUUAUUAUUUUUUUUUUUUAAUAAAUACAAAAAUGAAAAAAAAUUGGGGCGGGGGGUCAUUAGCCCUAUUUAUAGGAUGAGGAGAAAAUAUUUGCUAAGACUCAUUUUGUUUAUUUUUGGUUACCUAGGUGAUUCUUGUUCUUGUUCUUGUCACUUUCAUUCAUUCAUUCAUACAUCAAGACUGUUCUAUUUUUUCAUGAUGUGCAUUUUGGAAAAAAACCAAAAACACCAGCUACUUCUAAUGCCAGCUUUUUCUGUGGUUUGUUUUUGCCUCUGUGUUAGUUAUUCCUCCACAUGAUGCUGUAAACGUUUAUCCUGUCUGUUUCACGUGUGACUUUUUUUAGUACCGAACACACGAGUGUGGCAGCUAGCGACGAGCAGGGAUCCAAAUUAGAACUGACUAUUUUUGUAGAAGAAAGCAAUUGUGAUGUUUUUGACAGAUGAAGCAUAUCACAAUUAUUAUUGUUUUUGUUUAUUUGUGAGGGGCACAUUGAUCUGAAUAGACGUGAUUAGAAAAUGCAUGCAGUGCGUUUCUCUGCCUUUUGGGGCAGGGAACAAAUUGUGUAUUUAUUUCUUUUGUACAGCUGCCAAUGAAAGGACUUUUUUUUUUUUUUUUUUUUUUUUUUGUAAAUACAGUUCCGGUCCACGCAAACAUGUUCUGUUUACAAGAAUGGCGAUCCACGACUUGUGGUUUUGGUGUGAACCCAGGUUAUCAUUCCUUUUCGACCGUUGUCCUAAAAUGUCAUUCAAAGCUCUCGUAUUUUAAUUUGGUACAAAGUUCAGGGAAAGUCAAGUGUAAUAUGUUCGAAAUCGCAGGCGUAGGUGACAGCAUGCGGUUCGUCACUCCAUCUGUCCAAAACUAUGCAGACGUUUUGAAUGUGCGGCUUUCUUGUCACGCGCCCGUUUCCCCAAAUUGACUCAUCAGCAGCAUCCGUUGUUAUUGUCCCAAAUAUGAGUAAUGUUCAUGAUGCUCAGGUUGCACUGUGAUAGCCACGGCGUACUGGCUCUGCUCCUAUUUUUGUAUUUUUGUAAACCGUCAGAACUGGGCUUGUUGCGGCAGGGUUAUUUGAUCUUGUUAAGGUUUUCAGUGAAAGGAGAAUGGCUGGCUCCUUUUUAAACUGCUUGAUAAACUUGUUUUUUUUUGGCAGGUGCAUUUUUUUAAAGAGAGCUGUGCCUUAAUUCCAUGACCUUGUCUUUUAAUUUAUAUUUAUUUAUUGCAGAAUUGUUUUGGUUUUUUUUUCUCCUGAGAUAGCUGGUGUAGUGUUUUUCCAAAUGUUUUUUUUGCGCACUUCCCCUGACCAUGCAAGCUUGCAAUGUUCCCUAGAGUUGUACUGUUGUUAUAAGCUAAAAUAAAGUCAAACGGUGUUAUUGAA